AUGUCAUUUAUUCUUCAAUCAGUUAUUGAUGAUUGGGAAAAAGAAGUCAAUGAAAAAUCUCGUAUUAUUAUGAAAAAAAUUGCUUAUUAUGGAAGAAAUGGACUUUUACUACAAAUGGGUGUAUUUGUAGUGACUGGAACAAUUAGUCUCUCACAAGGUGGUACAAAAUACGAAACAGAUUUGUUGAUUGCUCACAAAAAUUACAACAGUGCUGCAUUUUCAAAUGACAUUGGUUUAAUUCGUGUUAAAAUUGAUAUUGAAUUUAGCAAAACAGUUGGCUCAAUAAGUUUACCAACAAGUGAUUUUGAUAAAGAAAAUUAUCCAUGCAAAUUAUCUGGCUGGGGAUCAACAAGUAUGGGAAGUUCAUUACCUGAUAAACUUCAGGAACUUGAUUUACUUGUUAUUGCACAAAAUGAAUGUAAGACUGUUGACAAUAUGAUUACAACUGAUCACAUUUGCACUUAUACUAAAUCUGGUGAAGGUGCUUGCCACGGAUUGGACUUUUAA